ACAAACUGACCCACAUGCCGGGAUAUUACGUAUAUGUAUAUAUAUAGUAUACUAUAUACAGUGUGUAUCUCUAUACCUUUAUCCGUAGACGUAUCUGUAUCUUGAGUGCUGUAUCUUGCAUCUGUAUGCCUGUAGAGUUUUCGGCAACUGUUUGGCGCUCGUCAGCGAAUUGCCUUAAUUAGUACAUUGUCGGUGCUGGCUGGGAAUAGGAAAUAAUGCCGACUAUCGAGUUAAGGUCUCUGAUAAUUACAAUCCUGCCCUGGCUGCUCAUCUGCAAGCUCUUCUACCGGGUGGAGGACUUUACCGAAUCGGAUAUAUUCUACAACAGUCUGGACUAUCAUCCUGAGGAUUAUAUAGAUAGUUUUACGACUCAACAGCUGGAUGAUUACUUUCUUUAUUAA